CUGCGCUCCAUCCUUCAUCCCUCCCCCGCCCUCGGGAGCCUGGUCCCCAGCGCCGCGCUCCCGACCCCAGCCGAGGGGGGCGGGGCUCAGGUAGGGAGGCGGGGGGCGGGGGGCUUCGGGGGCGGCCUCCCGCCCCUGGGCUCGGCCAAUGGGGACGGCCCCCUGUGCGGCCCGGCCAAUGGCGAGGCUGCGGCGGCGGCGGCGGCGCGCGCGCGCGCGUGGGGGGCUGUUACCCGGCUCCAGCGCCCGGGCCGGGCCGGGCCAGGCAACUGGGGGCGGGGCUGGUUGCUGUUUUGCAGCCGCCGGAGCCGCAGCCGCGGCCGGAGCCUCGGCAGUCUCGCUGGCCGGCGCCGGGCUCCGGGCGGCGCGGCGUGACGGAGGCUCCGCGGGAGGGGGCCCGGGAGGCCCCGGAGCGUGCCGCGCCCGGACUCGCAGCCGGAGGAGGACGAGCCGCCGCCCGGCGGCCCCCGCGGCGCAUCCCCGGACCCAGACCCAAGCCGAGGUGAAAGCUUCUCAGCAGGGCAGGAGCAGUGAGUGGGACCUCCAUCGUGGGACCGCACUUCUCUGCUUCCUGGAUACCUGGGUUCCGGUUGCCUCGAGCCCUCUUCUCAGUGCCUCUGUCUUUCCUUCCAAAUCCCCCAGGGAUGGGCUGGGGCCCAGGGGUUGA